UAAUUUAAUUAUUUUUACUUUUUUUCGCUCCGCUCCUCCGCUCCCCAUUGCGGCAUUGCCCUCUUCCCCGUCGCGGCCUCGCCCACCGCGCCUUCGAGGAGCUUCGAAUCGCGAUCCCUCCGGUUCCCGCGAGCUCACAUGGUGGGCGCGUGCGCCGGAGGCUAGGGUUCCCAGUUCUCAUCAUUCCCCUGCUGAUUGGAACCACAGUGUUUCGGCGAGCCUGUGGCGGUGGUGGAGGCGGAGAUGAACGGGGAGGUGGAAUGCAGCGUGUGCCACGCGAAGGUGCCGGUGCCGGCAGCGGUGUCCAAGGCGUACGACAGCCACCGGAGCACCGUGUCGUCGCGACAGCGCGCGCUCAACGUGCUCCUUGUCUCCGGCGACUGCGUCCUCGCGGGCCUCCAGGAGAAGUGUGCCACAAUAUAUUAAGAAGGAAACAAGCGCUAUACGUUAGAGCAUUGCGAUGGAUUACUUCUGCUCUACCUAUACUAGUGUACAUGUCAAAAGUUGAUGGGAAAUUCAAAUUUAGCCCGAUCAGCGUGAACUUCUUGACGGAGAUUACAAAAAUUAUCUUUGCCAUCAUCAUGCUAUCCAUCCAGGCUCGACGUCUGAAGGUGGGCGACAAGUCACUUCUCACAGUAUCAACAUUUAUGCAGGCUGCUCGCAAUAAUGUUCUUCUUGCAGUUCCUGCUUUUCUCUAUGCUACCAACAACUAUUUGAAGUUCAUAAUGCAGUUAUAUUUUAAUCCUGCAAGCGUGAAAAUGCUGAGUAAUCUCAAGGUUUUGGUAAUCGCUGUGCUUCUAAAGAUAAUAAUGAAGAGACGAUUUUCCACAAUCCAGUGGGAGGCCCUUGCCCUUUUGUUAAUCGGAAUAUCCGUUAAUCAGCUGAAAUCAUUGCCUGAAGGUUCUAGGGCACUAGGUCUUCCUGUUGCAGCUGGAGCCUACCUAUAUACACUAUUUUUUGUAACAGUUCCUGCAUUGGCUUCAGUUUACAAUGAGAAGGCUCUUAAAAGCCAGUUUGAUACCAGUAUUUACCUUCAGAACUUAUUUCUGUAUGGUUAUGGUGCAAUAUUCAAUUUUCUUGGGCUUGUAAUCACUGUUAUCAUUCAAGGGCCCAGUAGCUUUAACAUUCUGGAAGGACAUUCAAAGGCCACAAUGUUUCUUAUCUGCAACAAUGCUGCACAAGGCAUCCUGUCAUCAUUUUUCUUCAAGUAUGCAGACACUAUUUUAAAGAAGUACUCGUCGACAAUUGCAACUAUCUUCACCGGAGUUGCCUCUGCUGUACUGUUUGGACACACUCUUACAAUAAAUUUUGUCCUUGGAAUUUCAAUAGUAAUCAUAUCUAUGCAUCAGUAUCUUUCGAACCAAAUUAAGGACGAAGUGCCUAGCAGCAAAGUUGAAAUGGCUCAAGUUCACGAUCACAGCAGAGUUACGGAAUCUAUUUGCAUCAAUGUGACUGAUUCAGUGGCAAGUGAGGCUAAACACCGCCAUGGAUCUGACGAGAGGCAGCCACUCCUUCCUGUAUGAUUUUACAGCAGAGCAGGCACACCGUCUUGAUGAGAGCAGCAGGUAUCCGACCUACCUUAGUGGUUUUCUGACCUAUGUCUCUGAAGCCACAUUGCUGCCGUGCUGUUGGCCGAGUAAGAACAUGCAUGUUGCACGGCAGAAUGACGAGCUUCGAGUAAAAGAUGAAUGAGGCCAAUACAUUUAACCUAGUGGUGGUAACACUAAUUUGAUAGGAUUCGCGAGGAAUGGUCCUAUCGAGUUUUUUUUUUCCAGUUGGGGCACCAAUGUAAAUAGUAGCUCGUCUUCAUAUUAUGUGAGAGUCGCAUGAGGAGAUGUUAUGGCGUAUUUGGUAAGCUUUGAAUAUGUCUUUCGAUUUACUACAGAGGAACGAUACAGGUUGUCUAGUCGAUUUCUGAUUUUCUGGUAAAACGUUGUCUAAGAGUCGCCGCAGUUCUGGGUGGUUCCCUUACGCCUGGUGGGCAAGACGGCCAUUGUCGUUCUGUUCGCAAAUUACUCACGGCCAAGAAUAGUAGCAUUUGUUUUAACUCUU